AUGACCGAGGUGCACAUUGUGGCCGUAAAUGAGACGGGUCCAGACAAACUCACCGCGGAAAUCAAUGAGGCGAUAUCAGAAAAGAAUACGAAAUCCUGCGUUAAAACGAAAAACGACAGUGAUGUUGAUGAGGACUUGUCGGAAAUACAUCACAAGUGCUCCGAAAACAAGGAAAACGACCCCAAGACACAAAGUAAUCUCUCUUUAGAUAGCAAUAAGGGCACGCUGCACGCACUGGAUGAGAGAAAUGAAGACUCCAACCGAGAAAUUUCAGAAUCCAAGAGCAGCGGUGAGGAUUUGGAUGCAGAGAUCUUGAAGAGGGCUCAGGACGAGGGGUGUGUGAGUGUGGCGUUUCCUGGGACGAUUACGCAGGACGGAUGCUGCCGAUUUGUCAGUGAGAUACUCAAGUGUGUGCUCUAUCAAAGGCAGCAGCUUCCAAUGACUUAUGACCAACUCGUGUACUCACAAAAAAAACUGCAGGCGUCAGUGCAGGACAAAGACACUGUGAAAAGGAGACCAGCAGACAUGGACUGGAGGAAGUGUCAGCAGACCCUGCAGGAGCUGGAGGAAGUAUUGCAGCAUCUGGAGGUGCUCUUUUCUCUGAGCAGAGUCCCCCGCGUGCUGCUGCUGAUGGGUGGCACCUUGCUCCUCCCUAAAGAGUUUUAUGAGAUCAACAUGGAAGCUUUGGUCCUGGCUUCCGGAGAGAAAAGCUUGCGUGUUUCAUCCUGUUUAAGGCAGGUCUUCCGCAACCUCUUUGUGGCAGAUUUUUUGUCCGACACCAAACCGGUUCGUUUAAUGCCCACUACCGUAAUGGUGCUGGCUCACAGAGACUGUGGCGUUGACUGGUUUCGUCCCAAACAACAAUUUAAAGUCCCAACUCGAGUCAAAAGCAAGGUCAUUGCACUGUCUACAGACCUCUGCUCCGGCAAGGAUCUACAAAGGGACGAGUUGGAUGGUAAUGAUUAUAUAUGGUUUCAAGCACCAAUGACGAUAAAGGGCUUCAGCAACAGGAAGGCGUAA